GGUUUCCCUCCGCGCCCGGGGCCUCGGCGUGAGGGAGGCGCGCGCGAGGCGGCUGACGGGCGGCCGGUCGUGAGGCGCCCCGGCGGAGCAGCCCCGCGGCGACGGGAUGUUCAAGAACACGUUCCAGAGCGGCUUCCUGUCCAUCCUCUACAGCAUCGGGAGCAAGCCGCUGCAGAUCUGGGACAAGAAGGUGCGGAAUGGCCACAUCAAGCGGAUCACCGACAAUGACAUCCAGUCGCUGGUGCUGGAGAUCGAGGGCACCAACGUCAGCACCACGUACAUCACGUGCCCUGCUGACCCAAAGAAGACGCUGGGGAUCAAGUUGCCCUUCUUGGUGAUGAUCAUCAAAAACCUGAAGAAAUACUUCACCUUCGAAGUGCAGGUGCUGGAUGAUAAAAAUGUGCGCCGGCGGUUCCGGGCCAGUAACUACCAAAGCACCACCCGGGUGAAGCCUUUCAUCUGCACCAUGCCCAUGCGCCUGGAUGAUGGCUGGAACCAGAUCCAGUUCAACCUAUCGGACUUCACUCGCCGGGCCUAUGGCACCAACUACAUUGAGACCCUGAGGGUCCAGAUCCAUGCAAACUGUCGCAUCCGCAGAAUUUACUUCUCUGACAGACUUUACUCUGAGGACGAGCUUCCUGCUGAGUUCAAACUUUACAUUCCUGUCCAGAACAAGGCAAAGCAAUGAUGGCGUGAUGGGAAGCCUCCGGCAGAAACAGUGUGAAGAUGCUGAUGGAAGAGUAUUUUUUUAAAAUUAGAAACAAAACGUAGGCGUGGAUUUCCUGGAGUAACUCUAUUUAAUAAUAACAGUUGGUAUCUGUGAUGCUGGGACCAAACAAAACAAAAUAUAUCAUUGUUCCGUGUGAGAGAUGAAUCGGGCUCCACUUUGAAGUUGUGGAUCACUCCUAGGGAGACCAUGAAUCGUGGAACUGAUUUGCCUGGCAAGUGGAGGGUUUUGUUGAAGCAGUUCUGAAACCCUGGUGCCCACACAGAUGCCAGUGGUUUCCUUCUUUGCUCUGUCUCUGUGUUUGCCCUAAGUGCGUGUGAGCUUCUCUUGUCCUGGAAGCUGCUAUUAAAUAUUUGAUUUUCUUUGUAA